UUCUACAGAUAAUAUAGAUUUAGAAAAUGCUAGCAUUAAUAUUUUUUUUGAAAAAUUUGAUGGAGAUGAGAUUUUACAAAUUGAUGUUAAAUUACCAGAUUUUGAUACAAAUAAUAAUGAUUUGGUAAUGGAAGAGUUUUUUGAUUUUAAAACCCUUGAAGAACAGAAUAUGAUUGAAAAAGAUUUCCAUUCUCAACAAAAUAUCAAUGUCAAUCAAGAUUGGUCAAUUGAUGAUAUUUUCCAAUUUUGUUAA